UGUUUUAUCAACACACACUUCAUCAGAUUUUCAUGGCUCAGAAAGGACCAGCAACUUCACUAUUCCAUCAUCAUUAAUACCAUACUCCUCCAACCUCUAGUCCUUUAAUUUAGCAACCCUUCCAAGCAUGUGAACAUCUUAUCUUCUUCCUAGUCCCAUAAUUCCCCCUCUCUUCGUAACAUCACCAUUUUGUUUUGCUGCAACAACCUCUUCAUUCACUAGUCAUGGCAACUGAUAACUCUGCCAAGAGAAACUCCAAUGCUCAGCUCCUUGAAGAGCUAGAGGCUCUAAGUGAAUCCCUUUACCAAUCUCACACCACCACAGCUAGAAGAACAGCUUCUCUUGCUCUGCCAAGAACCUCAACUGAAACUCCUUUUGUCCCAUCUGCAGAACAUGACAACAACAACAAUGACACUGCUAAAAUAGACAACAAAAACAGCAGCAACAAACAUUGGUCCCGGCGCAUGUCUUUGUCCCUCUGGCGAUCAAAGCCAAAGCUUGAAGCUCCCAAGGCACACCUCACUGAGCCAGAUACCAAAAUGCUUGAUGACACGCCAAAUUCAGCUGAAAAGAAAGGAAUUUGGAAGUGGAAGCCUAUAAGAGCUCUUUCUCAUAUUGGAAUGCAGAAACUAACUUGUUUGUUUUCUGUUGAAGUGGCCACUGCUCAAGGCCUUCCUUCAUCAAUGAAUGGAGUGAGGCUUUCUGUUUGUGUUAGAAAGAAGGAGACAAAAGAUGGUGCUGUUCAGACAAUGCCAUCACGUGUUGAUCAAGGAGCUGCAGAUUUUGAAGAGACCAUUUUCAUCAGGUGCCAUGUUUACUGCAACCAUGGUAGUAGUGGAAAUGGAAAGCACCUCAAGUUUGAGCCAAGACCAUUUUGGAUAUACCUUGUUGCUGUUGAUGCUAAAGAACUCAAUUUUGGAAGAAACUAUGUGGACUUGAGCCAUUUGAUCCAAGAAUCCAUUGAGAAAAACCAGCAAGGUACGAGGAUUAGGCAGUGGGACAAAAGUUUCAGCUUAUCUGGGAAAGCAAAAGGAGGUGAACUGGUUCUGAAACUUGGCUUCCAAAUCAUGGAGAAAGAUGGAGGAGUUGAGAUAUAUAAUAACCAGGAGGAGAAUUUGAAGUCCAGCAGGUUCAGAAAUCUCACAUCUUCAUUUGCUCGCAAACAAUCCAAGACAUCCUUCAGUGUGCCUAGUUCAAGAAUAACUACCAGAAAUGAAGCUUGGACCCCUUCAAUGACAAGGUUAGCAGAAGAUAUUCCAGGUAUGGAUGAUUUGAACCUUGAUGAUGGCAAAGAAAAGGUGGGGGAUUUUGAUUUUCCGGAGUUUGAGGUUGUUGAUAAAGGGGUUGAGGUUCAAGAAAAGAAAGAAGAAUAUGAAGGAGCAGAAUCUGAGAAAUCUUUAGAGGUGAGGUCAGUUUCAAGUGAGGUUGUGAAGGAAAUAGUGCAUGAUAAGUUGUUGCACCUAGCUAGAUUAACUGAGCUUGAUGCAAUUUCCAAGCAGAUAAAGGCUCUUCAGUCCAUGAUGGGAGAAGAUAACAGGUCCAUAAAAGCAGCAGAGGAUACAGAAUCACAGAGAUUAGAUUCUGAUGAAGAAAAUGUGACAAGGGAGUUUCUUCAUAUGCUUGAGGAUCUAGAAGCCAGAGGAUACAAAUUCAACGAAUCUGAAAUCCCCCCUUUGCAACUUGAAGGACAUGAGCAAGAGCAAUCUUCAGUAGAUGGAGAAAUGGAAUCCAAAGUGUAUCUUCCUGAUCUUGGCAAAGGCUUGGGUUGUGUGAUUCAAACAAAAGAUGGUGGCUACUUGGCAUCUAUGAACCCUUUGGAUAAUGCUGUGGCUAGAAAUGACACACCAAAGCUAGCAAUGCAGAUGUCAAAGCCUUAUGUGUUGACAACAUCACAUGAAUCCCCAAAUGGGUUAGAGUUAUUUCAGAAAUUGGCUAGCAUUGGUCUUGAUGAGCUAAGCACUCAAAUUUUCUCUUUGAUGCCCAUAGAUGAACUGAUAGGUAAGACUGCAGAGCAGGUUGCUUUUGAAGGCAUUGCUUCUGCCAUCAUACAAGGUAGAAACAAGGAAGGAGCUAGUUCAAGUGCCGCUCGAAUAGUUUCCGCGCUGAAAGGCAUGGCAAAUGCAAUGAGCUCAGGAAGACAAGAAAGAAUCUCAACAGGGCUUUGGAAUGUGGAUGAAGAACCACUCACUGCAGAGAAAAUUCUAGCUUUUACAAUGCAGAAGAUUGAGUUCAUGGCUGUUGAAGCGUUGAAGAUUCAAACUGACAUGGCUGAGGAAGAAGCCCCAUUUGAUGUUUCAGCACUCAGCAACACAAAGGAAGAGAACAAAGACAGUAAUGAUCUAUUGAGUUCUGCUGUUUCACUUGAGGAUUGGAUCAGGGACCAAAGCUACAAUUCUGAUACUGAUGAACCAUCAAGUAUCACACUGAUAUUUGUAGUCCAGCUGAGGGAUCCAAUAAGAGGAUUUGAAGCAGUUGGAGGUCCUGUGAUGGUGCAAGUUCAUGCUACAAGUGUGGACACAAAGGGUGAUGAUUACUACCAAGAUGAUGAGGAGAAAAGGUUCAAGGUAAUGAGCUUGCAUGUUGGAGGUUUCAAGGUGAGGAGUGGCACUACAAAGAAGAAUAUUGCAUGGGAGACAGAGAAGCAAAGGCUAACUGCAAUGCAAUGGUUGAUUGAACAUGGGUUGGGAAAGGCAGGGAAGAGAGGUAAACAUGCAUUGGUAAAAGGGCAAGAUUUGUUGUGGAGCAUUUCCUCAAGAAUCAUGGCUGACAUGUGGCUCAAAACCAUGAGAAAUCCAGAUAUCAAACUAGUGAAGUAAUGCUGAUAAGUUAUUAUAUAUGCAAGGUAGUUUUAGCAAGUUGUGAUAUGUUGCACAAUCUUGAUUUCAUGUUUCAUAUUCAUCACAACUUUAGGAAAAAGUUCAAUAGGAGUCUGGAGAUUGUAGAUUUAUGGACACAAUAAUAGUGCUAAUACUUAUGAGGUCAUAACUAGUUGCUUUUUGUAGAAACAAUAAAAGCUGUGACCGAGGGAAUGUUAUGUACGCUUACUGAAUUUCUCAUAUUCCUUAAAUCCAAUCAUCACUUUUUUUUU